AUGGAGAAAGCAGUGCAUUUGGGCGUAGAAUCAGUUGUUCACAAAACUGAGAAUAUGAAGCACUGCACCGGUUCACUUCCUUCGAUCCACGGCAACGAAAUGCGGAAUUCUCGUUUCACAAUUGUUUCUAAUCAGAUGCGUAUUGUCGAUGAAGUGUUCAGGUGCCUAAAACAGACGAGGAAGGAUUCGUACCACGUGCUGAACGACAGCAUCGCAUACGGAAGCAUCUCGUUGAAGCAGACCUGCUUUGGACCAGUGUCGGUGGCAGCAGCAGCGGUGAACAACGAUUAA